UUGCCGACGGCACGAUCGGAGAACUGGGAGUCGCGCCAGUCUGGAGGUCUGGAGGCGUGCGGAGCGCCCGCGCAUCAACAAUCGACUACUCCCAGGAUGGCUACUAAAGAGGAAUCUAUGGAAACUGAAGUAAUAAAAGAAGAAAAAGUCGUCAAAAAACAAACAAACACGGGUAAAGUAACCGAAGAACAAAAUGGCGAUACGAAUGUUGAGGCUGCGGUAACUGUUAAAUUGCCUGGGAAAAAAACAUCAGCCAAAACGGAAACUAAAGUGGAAGUGGUAAAAAAGGAGUUACCGGAUGGUUCUGUUGAAGAAGUAAAAACAACUACGACAAGAACCACAAUUGAUGGAAAGACAGAAAUAACAACAAAAACGGAGACAACAAUCAUACCCAAGGAAGAUGAUCUAGAAGAGGAGGAGAUUGUAGAAGAGGAAGAGGAAGAAGAAGAAGAAGAAUUAGAAAAUAAUGGUAAUGAACUAGUUCAAAAGGGAUUGGAAGGAAAUGUCGAAUUACAUGAAGAAGAACAAAAAAUAAACAAAGAACCUAUCCAAAAUAUUAUUAAACAGAAAGAGACUUCAGAAACUAGUAUAACAGAAAAUGUUACUGUUAUUAAGUCUACAGAAAGUCAAAACGAUUCAGAAGAGGAAAUAGAGGAAGAAGGAGAAGAAGAAGAAGAAGAAGUAGAAGAAAAUGAAAACGUGGAAGUAACUGUUACACAAAAAGAAGUAGAACCAAUUUUGCAAAAGAAAACAGACAUUGAUGAUAAAAUAAAGUCAGAAGCAGGUGAUGAAGACGAAGAAGAAACAAGUGACAAAGAUGAAGAGGUAUGUUUAACAACUCAAGAAAAUAAUAUAAUGAAAAGUCAGACAUGUGGGAAAGAAAAAGUUGAAGAAGUAAGAGAAAUAGACAAAGUUAAUGAUAUUUGUGAAUCAGAAGAAGAAAAUGAAAAACUUCCAUUACAAGAUAAUAUAAGUAAAGACAUUUCACUAGAAGAAAAGGAAAAGGAAGAAGUAUCGGAAGAGAAAGAUGAUAUUAUAAAAGAAAAAUUAAUAAGAGAAUCAGAUCCAGCAAAUAUAAACGAACAAACUAACGCAAGUAAUAAUGAAACUGUAAAAGAAGCUACAAGUCCGACUCAAGAAAAUAAAGAAGAAACUGUUAUUGAGGUCCAAAUAUUGAAGCCAGAAUUAUCGACGAAAGAAGAAACAAAACCCGAAGUAUCAAGUGAUCUGAAGGACAAAGAAGAUAAACCAACACUGCCGACAGACAGGAACAUUCCGUUAAGAGAACCAUCAGUUCCUCUUGAAAAGGUGGAAGAGGUAGAAAUUAAGCCUAUUGGCCAAAUAGUUUCGAAGUCUCACACUGAGAAUACUGAGAUCAUCACAACUUCCAUUGACAAACCAACAACAGGAUUGAGUACACAAACUGAAUACAAUAGAAUAGAAAAUAUAGUUACAGUGAAUCGCACGACUAAAACAUUAGAUCAAGCUUAUGAACAAAUUUCUCAGCACGGGGUUCCCACAGUUAAGACCUAUUUUGCACCAAAUGAUAGACCGUUAAUUUCACCUCAAUCUACUCGAUCUCAUCAGUCACCUUACCCUUCAGAACCUCAAGGUGAACGAAGACAUAGUCUCUUACUUGAUCGUCUUAGUGUCGAUCGCCAAAUACCACCAACAGAACUAUAUCAGAGUAACUAUCAAUAUGGUAAUCAGACUUAUGAACAAAAUAUUUCUUCGCAAGAGCCCCAGUCAGAGGUAUUAACAGUAAGCAAUGUUAAACCUAGUUCUAUUACAAAAAAUCAGCAAUGGUAUCAAGAAACAAAAAAGGAUGAAGUUACUUACAAUAAUACAGCUCCUUCUCUUAAUGUGCCUUCCCAACAGUGGAAUUUAAAACAAUCUCAUCCACAGUCACAGCCCCGACCACAGUCACAGCCCCAGCUUGAAUCUGCAUAUCAAUCUUCAUUGCAAUUACAGUCACCCUAUGCACAAAAUACACAAGAUACGUAUAGGACAAACUUAAACACAUUAAGUAGUUAUCAACAACAUUCAUAUCCAAGCUAUACACAAAAACCAAUGCGAGCAACUCCUAGCAUAAACAAACAAUCAAAUCAAUUUUCCUAUAUAGAGAAAGCCACACCAGAAAGUUAUCAAAGACCAUCACAGCAAUUUUCAUCUACUUAUAUUCCACCUCCGUGGGAACAAGAUCCUAAUUAUGUUGCGGAUAACAUAAAUCAUACAUUAUAUUCUCCGCAAACAAGCAAUACAUUUACCAAUAGUGCUAAUCAAACAUGGACACCACCUACAGCAAGUACAUUUUCAAAGCCAAAGCCAACAUCGUACAUACCACCUGCACCGAAUCAGUCAUUUGUUAAGCCAGUAACUACUGUGGACCCUCCUAAGAUGCCAGGACGCAAAACUUACUACAGUGAAUAUGAAAGACGUUAUAUAUCGGUGCCAGAAACUACUUAUAUCCCUACCGAAAAUAAGUUCCAAGCGCAACCUAAUCCAUCACCUCAAUACUAUUAUGACAAUUAUGAACCGGCAGAGACAGUUGAGCAUGAAUGGCGAAAAGAACUUAGAGAGUUUUCUGAAAAAACCCAAACUCAAAGCCAAUCUGAGAAAACAUUAGUAAAACCUCCCUGGGAAGAAGAUCCAAAGUAUUAUGUUCCUAAAGUUACUACAGAAUAUACCCCUACUCCUACAUGGAGUCAGACUUUACGACCUAAUUCAGGUCGCGAGAGGAGUUUUGAAUCGGAAUUUGUGAGAUCACAAGAAUUGCCAAAGACAAAUACAUUAGGACGAGGAAGGCCCCAAAGCUCAUAUGUAAAAAGUAACGUUUCUACACCAAUUCUGGAAAGACCUCGCGGAGUAUCAGUGGAUAGAUACAACCCAAACAAUUAUAAGUCUCCAACGCCAUCAGAAUAUCCUCCAGUUCAGAGUCACACCCUAGACCCAUCAAUUGGCCCCAAAACAUACCAUAAUCCAAAUGUGCCUGUUUAUCACGCACGAGCCUCAGCUGAACCUAGAGAGCAAGUUUUCCCGCAAACAAGGCAAUGGGGAGAAGCACGGGCUAGCCCCAUUCAAUCAAGAUCUUUCAAAUAUCUACAGUGGAUUACUGGAACUGAAGAUUGA